GAACCACGCUGGAGUCCCACAAAGUUCCUAAGCUUGGAUCGGCGUUCCACUAACACAGAAAGGACAGAGCGUUUUGGGGAUUUAUUUGGUUUCUGGAUAAACUAUUUUCCACCCCUGAACGAUGUUUUCGACGCAUUUCGAAGGUUUUCUGUCUCUGAAGUUUUUGCAGACCACCUCAUCUUGUUUCACUGUCUCCAGUGUUUACAUCCAAGCCGGGUUUAAAUGCAGGAGAAACUGUAAGACGUUGUUUUGGAGCGGCUGCUGCGCGGGUUGGAGCAGAGAUGCGUAACGCACAGAGCAAACUGGGUCUCCACUCCGAGUAGGCAUCCCUCAAGACCCGAAAAUGUCUAAGUCGGAGGUGAAGAAGGAGUCCGGGGUGUCCAGCCCGCUGGAGGCCGCCUGUCUCUGCUCUCCUCCGUCGGCCAAGAACCGGUGCGCCAGCUGCGGUAUGGAGAUCCAAGACCGCUACCUGCUAAAGGUGAACAACCUGAACUGGCAUUUAGGCUGUUUGGAGUGUUCAGUCUGCAGGGCGUCUCUGCGCCAACACAGCAGCUGCUACGUUAAAAACAAAGAAAUCUUCUGCAAACUGGAUUAUUUCAGUAGGUUCGGCACCAAGUGCGCCCAGUGUGGCCGGCAGGUAUACGCCAGCGACUGGGUGCGGCGGGCCCGGGGCAGCGUGUAUCACCUGGCCUGCUUCGCCUGCUUCUCCUGCAAGAGGCAGCUGUCCACCGGGGAGGAGUUCGGCCUGGUGGAGGGCAGAGUGCUCUGCCGCAGCCACUAUGACAUCAUGCUGGAAAACCUCCGCAGGGCUGCAGAAAAUGGCACAGGUCUGACUCUGGAGGGAGCGCUGCCCUCGGAUCAGGACUGCCAACCCAAACCAGCAAAGAGGGCACGGACCUCGUUCACAGCCGAGCAGCUGCAGGUUAUGCAAGCUCAGUUUGCUCAGGACAACAACCCCGAUGCUCAGACGCUGCAGAAACUAGCAGAAAUGACGGGACUGAGCAGAAGAGUCAUACAGGUUUGGUUUCAGAACUGCCGCGCCCGACACAAAAAGCAGCCGCCUCAGAGCAGCUUCCCUCAGAGCGCCCCGUUGUCCAGGAUGCCGCGGUCUCUUCCAGAGGAUCUCCACUAUUCCUCGUUCAGCAGCCCAGACCGACCCCACCUCCUCGCUCUGCACGGAUACCUAGACGCUCACCCCUUCUCCGUCCUCACCGCCCCAAGCCACUUGACUCAUCAGUCCAUCUCUUUGCCGCAGCUUCCCAUCAGCCGCUGACCUGCAGCGCUUACUUCUCCGUCGUCAUCGCUGUGAAGAUGUUGUGAGAUAAUGAUUCCUGUUGGCAGUCCACAGGCGGGUGGCCCUCCGUUUUCAGCCGGAUUAUUUGUUUCGAGACCGUUCAGCUGAACCGUGGCGAUACCUACAAGCAAACAUUGGAAUAAUUUUUUUAUUUUUAUUCUAAAUGAAGCACAGAAGACUUAUUUUGUUUUUAAUUUUACCCUUUCAAAGGACAUAAGCAUUCACUUUUUUCCUGUUUGUACUUAUGGUUUCAAACAGCAGAGCAGAGGAGCAAUGUACCAGUAUGACGGAGAAACCUCAGUUUUCUUUAUUCACAAUGAGCACAUUUGCAGCUUUAAUGUUGUUUGUUGUUGUAAUGUUGUCGGAAAAUGGGAACUCUUAUUUAUUCAGAUCAACAUUUUUUGAUUUAUUGUUUUCAAAGCACUUUUAAAUGUGUCUUUACAUGGAAAAAUUCAGUGUUUGUACAUUGUAAAUAAAUUGCAUCAGAUCUGUCAUCAGGUUUAUUUAAUGAGAACACAGGAAGGUGUUUGUAUGUGUUGCAGGUAAUGUAAAAGAAACAGAGAAACUAUAGAGUCAGAUUGUACCAGGAAACUAGUUUUUAACACCUGCUGUGAAUAAAUCUAAAGGUCGGCUCGCA